CCUCUCUUACGUCACCCAGCCACCGUACAUCUCUGAGGUCUUCUUACUACCGACACGCUGCCCGCUAUGCCCACAAUGCCGGUCGGCGCCUGGUACACAGUCGCACGUACAGCCUGCGAUAUCUGGCCCCCCAAUGCAGCUUCCAUAUCUGCCCGCCAUGCCCUUCUCACCAUCGUGCCCUAACAAGUCACUGCCCUCGUGCCCUCACUAGCUACUACUUUCGUGCCCUACUCCUUGAUAUACGUCAAAGCUGCCAAGUUGUCCUUGCUCACCCUUGAAUCCCCUUGCAACGUACUUUGUUACCCUUUCCCUCAUCUUUCCGACAACACAUAAUCACUACGGUAAGAACAACCCACUGGAACAGCUAACUAUGAAUUCUGCAGCAGCUUGUUACUUUCCCACCCUGAGCACCACGCUCGACGUUCACGACGAGAUGCAAACCUACCUCGCCCCCGUGCAUCUCGAUCUCGUCCGCCUCCAAGACUUCUGCAGCACGAAAGGCGUGCCUGCUGCCCAUGUCGUAUCUGCGGCCUGGCUUUUGGUUCUUCGUCUUUACACCGGCUGUGAAACGCCGAGUACUGGCUUUGUCCCGACUGAAGGCGCCCAUUUGCAGUGCUGCUCCGUCGAUUUUGAAGACGGGUCACUCCGCCUGCAUCACAUCAUUGACAGCCUGCGCUUCCAUGCACUCGAUAACGCACCAGAAGCCUUCAACACUGCCGUCGCCGCCUCGGCAACGAAACCUAAUUUUGACAUCACUGUGACCACCACACCUCAAAUAUCUAUAGCCUACCACAUAGGCAAGAUAUCACCAUCCCACGCCGCUGGCAUCGCCAGUAGCCUUUCAUGUGCUAUCAAGAUGCUGCUUGCCACUUCUGAGCGUGAAACCUCAAGUGUCGAUCAACUGGAUCUUCUCAGCCCUGCGCAACGCGCGCAAAUUUUCCACCGAAACGCACUGGUGCCGACUGCUGUCCCUUCCACUGCUCACACUCUCAUUUCUCAACAAGCAGACUCCCGCGCCCAUGCUCCUGCGGUGGACGCAUGGGAUGCAUCUUUGACUUACGCCGAACUGGAUAUCUUCUCCAACCGGUUAGCCCAUGACCUUACCCGACGUGGGCUCGGCCCCGAGGAUUUUGUUGCUCUCUGCUUUGAUAAGUCGGCAUGGACUGUCGUGGCCAUGCUGGCUGUCAUGAAAGCUGGGGCAGCAAUGGUCUUCUUGGACCCCUCCCAUCCGCAAGCACAGCGCGACAGUAUGUUGGCGCAAACCCAUACUCGCGUCGUCUUGGUAGCCUCAACCUACGAGGAUCAAUGGCUCGGAACACCGCUUGCUGUGCUGCCCGUGUCACGCAGCACUCUUGAGGCACUACCAGAGCAGUCCCUCGCGCCUGAGACGGAUGUACGGCCGGAAAACGCUCUUUACACCAUCUUCACCUCUGGAUCCACAGGAACACCCAAAGGGGUUGUAGUCACGCAUUCUUCGUUCCUUUCCGGUGUAAUCCAUCAGGCCAAACAUGGCGCCAUGAUCACUCACCAUUCACGUGUCCUCCAAAUGGCAUCGUACAUAUUCGACGUGUCCAUCCUGGAGAUUUUGAGUGCACUGGUCCUCGGCGCAUGUGUGUGCAUCCCGUCUUCGCCCUCGCUGAGCAGCGCGGGCGGUAUCGCCGUAGCCGUGCAGCAGUACCAAGCAACAUGGAUGUUUCUGACUCCUUCGCUUGCUAAGGUCGUAGAUCCAGCCAGUGUCCCUACACUUCAGAUACUCGUUCUCGGCGGCGAGGCUCCGUCAAGAGACGACAUUGAAAAGUGGUCAGACUGCGUGCAACUCGCAAACGGCUACGGUCCCUCCGAAUGCUCCAUUGCAGCCACUUGCAGCCCCCAGCUUCAUAGAAAUUCCGAUCCGGCAAAUAUCGGACAUUCCAUCGGUAGCGUGGCUUGGGUAACGAAGCCCGAAAACCACAACAUCCUAGUUCCUGAUGGCGUUGCCGGUGAGUUACUCAUCGAAGGCCCGAUCCUGGCGCGCGGGUACCUGGGCGACGAGGUCAAGACAGCCGCCGCCUUUAUUGAAGACCCGGACUUUCUACCUGUGGGUGGGAAGAGGAGGAUGUAUAAGACCGGCGAUCUCGUUCGUGCAAACCCGGACGGCUCUUUGACUUUCGUGGGUCGCAAGGAUACCCAGGCCAAAGUCCGUGGUCAACGCAUUGAGCUUGGUGCCAUUGAGCAUGUUUUACUAAGCCACGAAACAGUGAAGCAUGCUAUUGCCCUGCUUCCAGCAUCAGGGCGUUUCCAAAAACGCCUGGUAGCCAUUGUGGCGCGAGAAAGUGGUGGAGAACUCCACUUAUCCAAAGGUCCAGGUACGCAGUUGCUGAUCACGAAACUCAAGGCUCACCUGGCCGCGACUCUGCCCAGCUCUAUGAUUCCCACGGGAUGGCUCUUGGUGGACGGAAUUCCUCUUCUCAGCUCGGGAAAGCUGAGCCGUGCUCAUGUCUCCAGGUGGGUAUAUGAAAUGGACGAAGAUACCUACCUGGAUGCAAUAGGCCAGGAAGAUGCCACCAUAGCCGAAGAUGGUGAUAGCCAGAAUGAAGGUGUAGGGAGCGACCUCUCCAAAUGUGUGGCUGACAUUCUGAAUUUGCCUGCGGACAUAGUCAAGACACGCCGCAGCUUCUUAAGCUUGGGAGGAGAUUCGAUCACUGCCUUACAGGUUGUCUCUCGUUGCAAGGGUCAAGGGUUUCAUAUUGCCUUGAAGGACCUCCUCAGCGCAAAGACACUUGCCCAGCUUGCAUCCUGCGCGCAACCCAUAGCACCCACAUCGGACCAGAAACAGAGCGAUCUGGACACGCAGUCCCCUUUCCGGGCGUGGAACCAGCGUCGCAUGGAGUGUGAGGAACCUUUGCCCGUCCCAGCGGAGCUCGAGACACUGAUCAACGAGACACUACCAAAUGCCGGGUUGAGUGCGCUGGAUAACAUUGAAGAUGUUUAUCCAACUUCUGCGAUGCAGCAAGGCAUCCUAAUCGCAUGCAGCAAGUUUUCAAAAGCGUACCAGUCCCAUGUCAUUCUCAAAAUUCGAGCUUCUCCGCGUAUCAAUAUUGAUCGUCUUUUGGAUGCCUGGCAGCGGGUCAUGACCAUCCAUCCUGCUCUUCGAACGACAUUCAUUCAGAGCUCGUCCAGCCAGCGCGUAUAUGAUCAGGUCGUCCUCAGGCAUACCCAGGUUGAUGCAAUCCGUGUACAGCGCCAUUUCGAUGAGCACCGGCCGAUGGCAUUCACGAACGGUGCAGUGCCACUACGGUUUAGUGUUGCCGAAACGGAGGAACCCAGCUCCGUCCUGGUCAAAUUGGAAGUCAACCAUGCUUUGGUCGAUGGUGUGACCAUGCCUGUCAUUGCCAGCGACCUCUGUGCGGCUUAUCGCGACGCCACCUUCUCUCGCAUCGCCAUGCCGUAUGAACGAUAUGUCUCUUGGCUCUCAAUGCAGAAUACCCACGAACAUCUCAACUAUUGGAAAGGUUACUUAAAGAGCCAGGAUCCGUCAUUAUUUCCGCAUCUAAACGAUGGAAUUUUCGCGACCGAAAACGAGUUCCGUUCGGUCGAGCUGACGCUGGAUCAGGCUACAGUUGCUCAGAUGCGGGCCUCUGCAGCUUGCCAGGGCUUGACUGUGGCGAAUGUCUUCCUGACGGCAUGGGCCUUGGUCUUACGCGCCUAUACAGGGUCAGAUCGUGUCUGCUUCGGAUAUGCUUCCUCCGGCCGCAACAUCUCUCUCGAUGGCAUUGAGGGUGCUGUGGGAGCAUUUGUAAAUAUGCUCGUCUGCAGUGUACGUCUGGAACCGGACACUUCACUGGAAGACCUUAUGCAAACUGUGCAGAACGAUUUGAUAGACAGCUUUUCUCACCAACAUUGCAGCCAGGCUGAGAUUCAGCAGGCUAUCGGUUUGCCGUCGGAUCAAACCCUGUUCAAUACUAUCGUUUCUUUUGAAGCUAUGCAAAAUCAACUAGAUGCGGGCUUGGAACUGACCAAGGUUUCGGAACAUAAUCCCACCGAGUAUGCACUUACAGUCAAUAUCACACCCUCGGCCAAAGAAAUAACGGUCAAAUUGGGCUACUGCACACCCAUGCACUCCGAUGCCCAGGCCAUCAAUAUCGUCGAGACUUUCAAGCAGGCGCUUAACCAGGUUACCAGUCCAUCUGGUCGCAAAGUGGAGGCUACGGAUUUAUUCAGCGACCAUCACCACCGCCAAGUAUACAGCUGGAACAACAACGAACUCACGACCGAAGAAACUUGCCUCCACAAUCUGUUCGAAUCGCAGGCGGCUUCUCGACCCGAUGCGCCUGCCGUUUGUGGACAUGACACAUCCUUCUCGUAUGCCCUUCUAAAUGAUCUUUCGACCAAACUCGCCUUCCAUUUAGCGGGACAGUGUAACGUUGGUCCCGAGGUUCUUGUUCCUUUCUGCUUCGAGAAGUCAGCUUGGGCCAUUGUGGCAAUGCUGGGAAUACUCAAGGCCGGAGGCGUUUGUGUUGCCCUGAACAAGUCGCAUCCCGACGAGUGGCUCAAGGCUAUCCUGGAGAACACUUCGGCUACCACUGUGCUCACUAGCAGUGAACAGGCGGCUCGAUUUGCCAGCCUUGUCCCUAACAUUGUCGAGGUAUCAUCUGCUUCACUAUCGCAGUUUCCGCAAAUGGAACCUUCGAGCAUGGACUGCCUUCAGCGAGCUCGACCUAGCGACGCGGGCUUCGUUGUCUUCACUAGUGGCUCAACCGGCAAACCCAAGGGUAUAGUGCUUUCUCACGCUGCGCUCUGUACCUCAGCACGCGACCAUGGCACUGUUAUGCGUAUCCAAUCAUCAUCGCGUGUCUUGCAAUUUGCUGCUUACACCUUUGAUGUUAGCAUUGGGGAAAUCUUUACUACCCUGACUCGAGGCGGAUGCGUGUGCGUGCCAUCUGAUCAAGAUCGAAUGUAUGACUUGGCCCGUGUGAUGAGUGAUAUGAAGGUCGACUGGGCAUAUCUAACACCUACGGUCGCGACAUUGAUUCAGCCCGACCAAGUCAGUCUCAAAACUCUUUGCCUCGGAGGUGAAGCCGUUAAACAAGAGAAUAUCGCAACCUGGGCUGAGCACACCGAUCUAAUCAACAUCUAUGGGCCAGCAGAAACCACUAUUUGGUCUACAGCACUCACGGGCCUUACCCCCGCAACAUCCGCCUCUAAUAUUGGCCGUACUACCGGCCCUGGUGCAGCCAUGUGGAUAGUCGAUGCCGAUAACUACAACUCUCUUGUUCCCAUCGGAUGCGUGGGUGAACUCCUCAUCGAGGGCCCCAUCCUCGCACGCGGCUACCUGAACGACCCAAUUCGCACGGCCGAGUCAUUCAUUGCCAACCCAUCCUGGGCUACGGGCCUGGAGCGCCGCUUCUAUCGGACUCGCGACCUUGCCCGAUAUAAUUCUGAUGGGACCAUCGAGUUCAUCGGCCGCAAGGACACCCAAGUGAAGCUGCACGGUCAACGCAUCGAGCUAAGUCACAUUGAAAGCGUCAUGAAACCCGAAAUUCAGCAGUGGGGUGCAUGUGACGCAGUUGUUGAAGUGGCCAAGGCUGGUCAAGACGUCACGCUGGUGGCAUUCUUCACCACAGACGCCGCCAACAGCGAUGAAUGCACGCUUCUAGAAGGUCUACCGGACAAAGUCCAGGAGAUGCUGCCUCAUGUUCAAAGCAAGAUUGCGGAAAAGCUGCCUUUAUACAUGGUUCCAGCCAUUUAUCUGCACGUCAGUAAAUUGCCAACCACUGUCUCGGGAAAACUUGACCGCAGAUCGCUGAGACAGAUGGUCUCUCAGCUACCAUCCGUAUCUGUAGCCAAGUUGAGUCAUUCGUAUGGGCCCAAGCGUUCGCCUUGCACAGAGACAGAGAAGAGACUAGCCAUGCUUUGGAGCCGUGUUCUGGGUAUCGAGAAUGGCCUCAUUGGAGCGGACGACAGUUUCUUCAGACUUGGCGGAGAUUCUGUUGCAGCCAUGAGGCUUGUGGCCAUGGCUCGCUCUGAGUUCGGAAUAGUGCUAAAUGUCGCCGAUAUCUUUGGGCACCCUACAAUUCAUGAGAUGGCGUCCACCCAUAGGACGGUUCAGGGCGCUCAAAAUACCGUUGAGGCCAUACAGCCAUUCGCGCUCCUGGAUCAGGUCACGGGCAGUCUUAACGAUCUCCGACGCGAAUUAGCCAGUCAGUGCAGCAUCGAUAUCGGCCGCUUACAGGAUGCGUAUCCAUGCACAGCUCUUCAAGAGGGUCUCUUAGCACUGUCCUCGAAACAGUCCAGCGCCUAUGUCGCUCAGAAUGUUUUCAUAAUGCCCACGUCCCUCGACAGAUCUAAGUUCCGAGCUGCAUGGGAAGCUGUUGUCCACGCUGUUGACAUCCUGCGCACUCGGAUUGUAUAUAUCGAAAGACUUGGUACACUACAAACCGUGAUAGACCAAGGCAUCGAGUGGGAGGUUGCAGACUCGCUGCAGGCCUACCUUACCACUGACCGUUGUCGGCCUAUGCGCUACGGGAGUCCUCUUGCUCGGUAUGCUAUUAUCGACGAUCAAUACUUUGUCUGGACCGCGCAUCACGCUCUCUACGACGGCGUGUCCAUUCAGGCUAUUCAAGACAAAGUCGCGCUCGCUUAUCAGGGGAUGACGAUUCCAGAGAGGUCUCCGUUCAGCGCUUUCAUCAAAUACAUCAAAGAUACGUCUGUUAGCGACCAAGAAACAUAUUGGACCACCAACCUUGAGGGUACUCAGGCGCCAGUGUUCCCUUCAAUUACCACCGAAUCGGCUGCCAAUGGACGUUUGAAGCAAUCUCUCACGCACUUUGUCUCGUUCUCGGCACAGACUCUGGCCGCCUCUGAGAUAACCGUUUCGACUCUUCUCCGCGCUGCUUGGGCUAUAGUUGUUGCUCGUCAAUCCGAGUCCGAUGAGGCCGUGUUUGGUGUGACACUCAGCGGGCGCAAUGCUCCCAUCCAGGGUAUCGAGGAACUAAUUGGGCCUAUGAUCACUACAGUACCGCUUCGAAUUCAAUUAAGGAAACCUGGUAUCACAGUAGGAGAUCUCCUCCGUGAUAUUCAAGCGCAGGCAGCCGGCAUGAUUCCGUACGAGCAGACGGGUCUGCAGUCUAUCAAACACCUCAGUCAGUCGGCCCAGAAUGCCUGCGAUUUCCGCACUCUUCUGGUCGUGCAACCUCGUGAGACUCCGGAAAGCGAUACUCUAGGAUUGCAGCUCGAAUCUAUGGGAUCUCAUGACUUUCACAGCUACCCCAUCGUUGUGGAAUGCAAUAUUGAGGGGAGCAGUAUGGUCGAGGUGCAUGUGGAUUUCGAUGCGAAUAUCAUCUCGGCAGACCAGUUGGAGAGAGUCAUCAACCAGUUUGGCCAUGUUGCGCACCAGUUGGCGGAGCAUGCUCACGACUUCAGCACUGAUCUGCGCCUUGUCAACCUCCUCAGCGACCGUGACUGGAACACGAUAAUGAAUUGGAACAGCAUCACACCACAACCAGUCGAAGCUUGCUUGCAUGAGCUGAUUGAACAUCAAGUCGCGGCAGCUCCGAACGCGCCUGCAAUCCAGGGACCUGAUGCCAAUUUCACGUUCAUGGAACUUGAGCGUCUAUCGAGUAAUUUGGCACGAUACCUCGUCGAUGUUGGUGGGAUUGGUCCUGGGACAUUCGUACCGUUCUGCUUCAACAAAUCUGCCUUCACAAUUGUGGCUAUGUAUUCCAUUUUGAAAGCAGGUGGCGCCUGCGUUGCACUCAAUCCAGACCACCCGAUGGAGAGACUCCAGAGUAUCAUCCGCGAAGUCUCGCCACCCCUUAUUCUUGUUGGUGCCGCACAACGCCAGAUGUUUGAGAACGCUAUUUGCGUCGAUAUGGACUUUACGGACAACCUACCCAAUCUUGAACUCCAUAGUAACGCUCGCGAAGUUUCUUCGCUUGAUCCUGGCUUUGUUGUGUUUACUUCAGGGUCCACAGGUAAACAGAAAGGAAUCGUUCUGGAUCAUCAGUCUCUAUGUACCAGCAUCAAGGCCCAUGGCAAGUUUCUCCGCCUUGGUUCCAGUUCGCGCGUACUUCAAUUUUGCGCAUAUACUUUCGACGUCAGCAUUGCCGAGAUCUUCACAACACUUGUUCACGGCGGCUGCGUUUGCAUUCCGACCGAAGCGGAAAGACUGGAUGACCUACCAGGUGCUAUCAACCGUAUGAACGUCAACUGGGCAUACUUGACGCCCACCGUCGCUUCGCUUCUCCCGCACCCCAGUCAACUGCCCACACUCAAAACUCUCGGCCUCACCGGAGAGCCGAUCACGGUAGAAAACCUUAGCAAUUGGGCAGAGCAUGUCCGACUUGUCAACAUGUACGGUCCCGCUGAGACGACUAUUUGGACCACAGCUGUCGCUGAUCUGAGGCCCGAUAGCGUAGUUUCAAAUAUAGGCUACGGUGUUGGCGCGCUCACCUGGAUAGUCGAGGAGGAGAAUCAUAACCUUCUUACGCCCCUCGGCUGCGUUGGCGAACUGCUCAUUGAAGGACCCAUUGUGGCCCGCGGCUAUCUUAACGACGAAGUCCGGACCAAUGAUGCUUUCAUUGUCAACCCUAGAUGGGCCAGCCUGUCGGGGUUGACGCGCAGAUUCUACAAAACUGGCGAUCUAGUACGAUACGCAUCCGAUGGUUCCCUGCAACUCAUUGGGCGCAAAGAUACCCAAGUCAAACUUCGUGGUCAGAGAAUCGAACUGGCUGAGGUAGAAUUCGCACUAAAACGACAUCUGAGCGCUUCUUGUGGCGUCAUUGACGUCGCAGUUGAGAUGGUGACGCUUGCUCAACGAUCAGCCGAUCGCGUUCUAGUCGCAUUCUUCGCACGCCACACACAUGGGGACCAGGACGGUCUACUGACAACAAUGAACGAUGAGCUCAAACGCGAGCUCGUUCGUGCUCAGACUGCAGUCAUGCAAGAGCUGCCGCUUUACAUGAUCCCAAGUCUCUACAUCCCGCUACACCACAUGCCCAUCUCAGUUUCUGCUAAGCGAGACCGCAAGCAGCUCCAAGCGCUUGCUCAGAGCCUGGAUCCCGAUGCUAUCAGCAGAUACACUCUAGCCACGGAAUCUACUCAGAAACGUGUCCCGUCGACGACCAUGGAGCAGGUUUUGCAAUCUCUGUGGGCGACUACGCUCGGCAUGCCUACCGACACGAUUGGAGCUGACGACGACUUCUUCCGUGUCGGUGGCGACUCUAUCACAGCUAUGCGACUCGCCGCUCGCAUACAGGAGAAGGGCAUGACACUUACAGUUGCACAAAUCUUCAGGAAUUCGCGGCUCUGCAACAUGGCUUGCGCUGUGACUUCAGGCACGGAGACCCAAGUCAUCGAGCCCUUUUCGCUGCUCCGCCAACACAUGAGUGUCGACAGUGUUCUAGACGAGGCGGCCGCGCUGUGCCAUAUGGAGAGGGAGAUAAUCGAGGAUGUUUAUCCGUGCACCCCUCUUCAAGAGGGCCUCAUGGCUCUCUCGGCCAGACAGACUAGAUCUUACGUCGCUCAGAACAUCUUUUGCUUGUCUGAUAUUGACUCUUUGGAUCUUGUCCGGUUCCAAGAUGCGUGGGAAACCACCGUCAAGGCGAUUGAGAUCAUGCGAACCCGGAUUGUCUACUCGCAGACUUUAGGAGCCUUGCAAGUCGUACACAAGCAACCAGUGACUUGGGAAGAGUCAUCCUCACUUGAUCACUACCUUAACAAGGCUGCAAAUGCAACCCAAUCCUACGCAAGCCCUCUGGCACGCUUUGGGCUCGUCAAUGACUGCACGAAGCUAUACUUCGUCUGGACAGCGCACCACGCUCUGUAUGAUGGCUUCAGUCUGCCUCUCAUUCUCGAACGUUUCCAGCGAGCAUACGAAGGCUCCGCCAUUCCAUCUUCGCCGUCCUUCAAUCACUUCAUUGGCUACCUGCAGAGCAUCGAGCCUAUGGCUUGGAAAGACUACUGGCACGCCCAGCUCAACGGCACCAGCCAAUUCAGCUUCCCAGGAAAGCUUUCCGUAGGGUCCCAGAGUCUGUCCAGGGUGAAGCAGUCCGUGCAACUUCAUGGUGAAGCGUCUAGAUUCACUACUUCCACAAUUCUGCGAGCGGCUUGGGCGUUGCUUCUCGCGCAGUACUCCGAGAGCGACGACGUGGUAUUUGGAGCCACGGUGAGUGGUCGCAAUGCCCCCAUAGAUGGCAUUAAUCAGAUUGUCGGUCCAACGAUUGCAACCGUGCCCAUUCGAGUCCGGCUAGAUCGUGAGAGAAAUAUUGAGGACCUUCUCAGCGCCAUGCAGGAACAGGCAACGGAUAUGAUCCCAUUCGAGCACAUCGGCCUGCAAAACAUUCGUCAGCUGGGGCCUCACGCGCAGGCUGCGUGUGAUUUCCAGAAUCUGUUGAUCAUUCAACCGCGCGUAGCAGAUGCGGAUGACGAUGCGGCUGUUCUCAAACUCCCAACCACCGGGAACGAUGUCGUCCACCCAUAUCCACUCGCCGUAGAGUGCAAUAUUGAAGAGGCCACUAUCGAUCUUAUUAUCGACCACGAUACCAGCGCUUUGUCUGCCUUCCAAGUCAAUAGAAUCAUCCACCAGUUCGAGCACAUUAUCAAUCAGCUGCGCACCGCUCCUGCAGAAACCCAACUGAGUGAGCUAGAGCUCCUCUGCCAGAGUGACAAGCGGCAGAUCUGGGAUUGGAAUGCCGUUGAGCCGGUGGCUGAAGAGGCUUGCGUGCAUCAUGGCGUGGAAGAGAUGGUCCGUGAGACGCCGCACGCGCAGGCAGUUGAUGCCUGGGACGGGCAGUUGACGUACCGCGAACUUGAUCUAGCGGCGACACGGCUGGCUCACCACUUGAUAGACCAGGGGGUGGGACCCGAAACCAUGGUGGCCAUGUGCUUCGACAAGUCCAUGUGGAAUGUCGUCUCCAUGUUGGCAGUUCUGAAGGCUGGAGCCGUUUGCGUGGCUCUCAAUCCCGAGCAUCCUAUGAGCAGGCACCGCAUCAUCCUGGAUGACAUCAAAGCCAAGGUCCUGCUUGUGGCAACAAAGCACCAGGAUCUGUUCGAGGGCGAGAUUGACAACAUAGUCGCUGUUGAUGCUACGUUCCUCCAGACGCUCCCCGAUAACCACAGACGCCUCUGUCCCACGGUCAAACCUGAAAAUGCUGCUUUCGUGGUAUUUACCAGCGGCUCAACAGGCAAGCCGAAGGAAAUUGUCCUCACUCACCAAGCCAUGAGCACGUGUACACGUGAGUUGAGUGCAGCAAUGCGAAUUAACGCUUCCUCCCGCGUCCUUCAGUUCGCGGCGCACACCUUCGACGUCUCAAUCGGCGAGAUUUUCAUCACUUUGAUGGUUGGAGGCUGUGUGUGCGUUCCGUCUGACACGCAGAGAGCCGAGCCGGGCCUAGCAAUUAACACUUAUCGCGUUGACUGGUGUUACCUAACGUCAACUGUAGCAUCUCUUUUGCAGCCAUCGGACACACCUACUCUGAAGACCCUGGCAUUGGGCGGCGAGGCGGUUAGUCAAGAGUUGAUUCACGAAUGGGCCGAUCGCGUAUUUCUUGUCAACGUCUACGGCCCAGCUGAAAGCACCAUUUGGUGCACUGCUCAAUCGAACCUCUCCACAUUCAGCUCCGCUGCCAACGUUGGUAGAGGUCUUGCUACCCUCACAUGGAUCGUCGAUGUGCGCAAUCACAACCAUCUCGCGUCCAUCGGUACUAUAGGGGAGCUGCUCAUAGAAGGGCCAUUACUAGCAAGACAUUACCUAAACGAGCCUGAGAAGACAGCCGCUGCCUUCAUCGAAAACCCCACGUUCCUCAAGGAUAGCACGAGUUCACGACGUCUUUACAAGACCGGUGACCUCGCCCGCUACAACUGCGACGGUACACUUAGUAUCAUAGGCCGUAAGGACACGCAAGUAAAAUUGUUUGGGCAGCGUAUCGAGUUGGGCGAAAUCGAACACCACCUCAAGCCGCACCUCGAGCCAUUGGGUCUGAGUCAGGUCACUGUUGAGAUGGUUAAGCCGCAGUAUUCAGGACAGGCACUCCUCGCCGCCUAUAUGUCCGGUCCUUCUCAAGAGCAGGAGCAGGCGGCCGGCCAGGUCACAGCACUACCCUUUUCCAAACUGACACGCGAGGCCUUGCUCUGCGCCGACCGCGCACUCGCUACAACGCUGCCUUCGUACAUGGUCCCGACCUUGUACAUCCCGCUGAACUACAUCCCGCUGACAACCUCUGGUAAGACGGACCGCAAGCGCUUGCGGCAGCUGGCUCAAGAAGAACUCUCGGCGGACGAAUUCUCCGGCUUCGGCCUGUCGAGCAACAACAUCGCGCCUGUCUCUAGCGACAUGCAGGUUAGGCUACGCGAUCUAUGGGUUGAGGUCUUGGGUAUUCCCGCCGCGUCCAUCGGCGCGAACAGCAAUUUCAUGCGCCUCGGUGGAGAUUCUAUCGGCGCUAUGAAGCUCGUUGCAGCGUCCCGUGGCAAGGGUCUUGCGAUUAGCAUUGUUGACAUUUUCCGCCACCCUGUUCUUCAGGACUUGGCAGCGGCGACCACUGCUACAGGAAACGCUACGGACAUGAAUGACACAGUAGAGUUGGUGGAGCGGUUCUCUAUGAUCAAGGAUGGAGACAACCUGCAACACCACAUUCAGCACGCCGCAUCGCAGUGCGGUGUCGAUACCUCGGUCGUGCAAGAUUUAUACCCGACCACCACGCUCCAAGAGGGACUUUUGGCCCUUUCUGUCAAAGCUCCUGGAGCGUACAUGGCACAGCACUGUUUCGAACUACCGCAGGGAGUCGAUCUUCACCGCUUCAAGAGUGCAUGGGCUUGGGCAGUCGCGGGCAUGGAUAUUCUGCGAACUCGUGUUGUCUACUCUUCGCAGCUUGGCUCGCUCCAGGUCGUCCUUGAUAGCAGUAUCGACUGGCACAGCUCUGCCUCAUUGGAGGACUGUCUUCGCGACGCUCGGGAGCUGUCUGUCGAAUACGGUGGUUCCUUGACGCGCUAUACACUGAUCCAAGAAGACAACAAGAUCUUCUUCGUCUGGAACGUACAUCAUGCCUUGUUCGACGGCGCAAGCAUGCAACUCAUGAUGCAGAAGGUGGCGGAUGCCUACGAAGAUCUUCCAUCGGACCCCCAGAGCCAGCCUUUCAGCAGCUUUGUCAGGUAUCUUACAGACGCCGACCCUAGUGCCGCGGAGACGUUCUGGAAGGCUGAGCUCGACGGCGCGAACCCCCCCAGUUUCCCACCUCUGACGACAUCCACUCGGCAGCACCGUCUGUCCUUUAGCCAGGAGAUCGAGCUGUCGAGCAACGCCACUGAAUUAUCCUACACCCUCCCGAAUUUGAUUAAAGCUGCUUGGGCCUUGAUCCUGGCCCGGUACUCAGAAACGGAUGAUGUGGUCUUUGGACUAACGCUGUCGGGUAGAAACGCGCCUGUAAGGGGAAUCACCACCAUCGUCGGACCAACGAUCACUACUGCGCCCCUGAGGGUCAAGGUCCCUACAACCGCCACCGUCAGGGAGUUCCUCGAGGAAAUUCAGACUCAAGCAACUGAUAUGAUUCCCUACGAGCACACCGGAUUGCAGAGAAUUCAACGAUUUGCACCACAAUUCAGCGCGAUCUGCGACCUGCGCAGCCUCUUGGUGAUACAACCGCGAAUGGAAGAUGAUAAUGACGACUAUAAGGGCAACAUGCUAAGAAUGAAACCGGUCGACCAUUCGCAGUCCAAUUUCCACACCUAUCCCCUCGUUGCCGAAUGUAAUGUCAAUCGCUCCAGCAUUGACGUAGAGUUCCAAUACGAUGCUGAUGCUAUUCCGAGCAUUCAAAUAGAGAAUUUCUCGGCUCAAUUUGUGCAGGUCUUACGCGAGUUCAUCGAUGCUGCGUCUUCUAGGGCAGAGAUGAAGGUUGUCGACAUCGACAUGGUCAGCCCUCUCGAAAAGCAGAAAAUUCUGGCUUGGAACCGUGAUGAGCCUGUCGUGGUUGAUUCCUGCGCCCACGAAAUCAUUAGGGAGCAAGCAAUGAAGCGCCCGGAUGCUGUUGCUGUAGACGGUUGGGACGCGUCCUUCACUUUCGCCGAACUAGACCAACACUCAGAGCAGCUUGCAAACCACCUCUCAUCUCUUGGGGUCGGUCCAGAAGUCCUAGUUCCAUUCUGUCUGGAUAAAUCUGCCUGGGUGGUUGUCGCAAUGCUAGCUACUCUCAAGGCCGGAGGAGCGUGUGUCGCGCUCAAUCCAGCUCACCCAAUCGAUCGCCUGCAAACUAUCCUGCGUGAGACGGCGUCUAAAAUUGUUCUCGUUGGACCCGAAUAUAGCGACAUGUUCAAGGGAAAAUGCCACGCGGUCAUCAUUGAUGGCGCACUUCCCAAGAGGCUGCAGGCUUCUGCUGGGUACAAUACCCCCGAACGCACCCCGGCUCAACCAGACAAUGCUAGUUUUGUCGUCUUUACUUCUGGGAGCACAGGUGUUCCAAAGGGCAUCGUUAUCGAGCAUAAGGCUCUUUGCUCUUCUGCAGAAGCGCAUGGUGCAGCGAUGCGUCUCCAGGAAUCGUCUCGAGUUCUUCAAUUCGCAGCUUACACUUUUGACGUCAGCAUUGGGGAAAUAGUCUCCACUCUGAUACACGGUGGGUGCGUCUGCGUCCCUUCCGAGAAGGACAGGAUGGAAAACCUGGUUGAGUUUAUCAACAAGUACCGCAUCAACUCUACCUAUCUCACACCCACAGUGGCCAACCUUAUGUACCCCGAGGAAGUCCCUACAAUCGAAACGCUCUCCUUGGGAGGUGAGGCGCUUAGACCAGAGCACGUCUCGAGGUGGGCUGACCACGUUUAUCUUAAUAACCUGUAUGGCCCUGCCGAGACGACCAUUUGGUCCACUGGACAUACUGGCGUCACAUCAAGCACUUCUGCGUUAAACAUUGGCCGGGGCGUUGGCGGAAAGAUGUGGGUGACUGAGCCUCGCAACUCUGACCGUCUGUGUGCUAUAGGAUGUGUUGGUGAGCUUCUAAUCGAAGGGCCCAUCCUAGCUAGAGGAUAUCUCAACGCACCAGGAAAGACUGCGGCGGCCUUUAUUGAGAAUCCUCUCUGGACUCUGAACGAUGGCUCCAAAACCACGCGCCGAUUCUACAGAACCGGAGAUCUCGUUCACUACAACCCUGAUGGCACCCUGGAGUUCAUUGGCCGUCGCGACAACCAAGUUAAGAUCCGUGGACAGCGAGUCGAACUUGGCGAAGUUGAGUCCCACGUCUCCACCCACCCGAGUGUGCAGCAUUCGGCCGUUAUCAUGCCGCAAGCAGGAUACUUCGAGGGCCUCCUCGUUGCGGUUAUGUCGACUCGCCCAACACGUAGUGGUGCUGCUGAUCUGCAACUGCUGAACUCGGAGGAGCGCGAAGCCGCGGAGUCUUUGAUUCGGGAGCUCGGCAGCAUUGUCAAGGAGCGCCUACCUAGUUACAUGGUGCCUAACAUUUGGAUCGCCGUCGAGAGGCUUCCUAUGAAUGCGUCCGGGAAGCUAGACAAGAAGGCUAUCAAGAUUUGGACUGAGCGACUGGAUGAGGACAUGUACAAGCAAAUCACCGCUACGACCAUUGAAGAAGACACGAUCGUGGCGGUAGCAAACAACGAAAGGGAGGCACACAUUCAGCAGCUUUGGGCUAACGUACUCAACGUUCCCCUACACCUUGUGUCCAUGAACCAACCUUUUGUUGUCUUGGGCGGGGAUUCCAUCACCGCGAUGCAACUGGUCAGCCUCUUCCGCUCGGAGAAUAUUGGCAAAGUCACUGUCAAGGAUAUCCUACAGUGCCCGAAUAUCCCACAGCUGGCUGCCAUGACGGAGCCAUAUAAGCAGUCUAAAGUGGUGGCCGUUGAAGAGCCCGAUAAGCCUUUCGGCCUUACACCCAUCCAGCAACUAUAUUUCUCCAUCGCUCCACACGCCAAUACUAUGUUUCACCAGAGUCUGAGUCUUAAGUUCUCCAGGCCUACCGAGGUCCAGCAAAUACUAGCUGCAGUAAACGAGCUUGUUCACUAUCACUCGAUGCUGCGCAGCCGAUUCGUCAGGUCGGCCUCUGGGAAAUGGACGCAAUUCAUCAGCCCCGAUAUAGCUGGCUCUUAUAAUUUCAGGUCCCACGAAAUCUCAGGCAUAUCUGAGACUAUGAAACUCAUGACUGCCGCACAAACAAGACUCAAUGUUGAGCAUGGCCCGAUGCUGGCUGUGGAUCUCUACAACGUCAAGGAUGGCGAGCAAAUCCUCUUCGUCUCUGCACACCAUCUCAUCAUGGACUUGUUCUCAUGGAGGGUGCUUCUUGUGGAUCUGGAAAGAUUGCUCGGAGGUAGCUGUCUCGCUUCUGAGAAACCAUUCCCCUUCCAAGUUUGGAGCAAGCUGCAGGCCGAUUACGCCCGUGAGCAUCUAUCGCCCAGCAAUGUCCUUCCCACCCCUUUCGACAUCCCUUCGGCAAACUUCGAAUAUUGGGGAAUGGCGACCAAGCCAAACAGAGCCGCAGAUAUCGUCCGCCAUGAAUUCUCCCUGGACGUAGCUACGACGGCCAGUCUCCUCGGGAGAUGUAACCAAGCCCUUCGGACCGAACCGCUUGACAUUCUCCUUGCUGCGCUUGUUUCGUCCUUUUGCCGCACAUUCCCCGACCGGGAGGCGCCUCCAAUUUACAGCGAAAGCCAUGGACGCGAGGCUUGGGAUGCCGCUAUGGAUCUUUCCCGGACGGUUGGGUGGUUCACUACGAUUGUGCCAACCUAUGUUCCUGCCACCGCCAAAGACGGAAUUUUUGAGGUCCUCCGUCGUAUCAAGGAUACCCGUAGACAAACUCCUGCAAACGGCUGGGAAUACUUUUGCUCUAGGUUUCUCAACCCAGAAGGCCCCUCCACCUUUAAGGACCAUUGGCCGAUGGAGAUCCUCUUCAACUACCAAGGCCAAUACCAGCAACUCGAGCGCAGCGACUCUCUCCUCACAUUCGAGUCGCUUCCCAUGCCAGAAGUGGGUGGUGAUAUGGAGCGUUUCGCUCUGUUUGAGAUUCAGGCAUUCAUUGUUCAUGGCGCCGCGCGAUUUUCGUUCGCUUACAACGGUGGUAUUGAAAUGCAGACCCGAGUGCAUGAGUGGAUCGAUGCAUUCGAGAUGGCCCUCCACGAUGCGGUUCGUUGCAUGACGUCGCAUGUCAUGGAACCCACCCUAUCCGACUUCCCGCUACUACCUGCUACGUACGACAGUCUUGACAAGCUGAUGAAGGAACGCCUGCCUGCGAUGGGGCUCCAGUCAUUCGAUCAGAUUGAAGAUGCCUACCCGUGCUCUCCCAUACAAGAGGGCAUCAUGAUCAGCCAAGAGCGCAUACCUGGCGCCUACGAGCUUGCGGUGGUCGCCGAGGUCGUCUCAACCCAUCCACGCAUCCCACCGUCGAUCGACCGCCUUAAACUCGCCUGGCAGCAGGUCGUUGCCCGCCACUCGAUGCUUCGUACCGUCCUCACCAGGGCAGUUACACCCGGAAGUCUGUUCAUGCAGGUGGUACUCAAACAUGCGGAAGCCCGCAUUUCGCAUUUGAAGUGCACCGACGACGACGCUGCCCAGGUCGCACUCGAGGCAGAGCACCGUCUGAACUCGAGCAGCACCGAGCCUUCGCAUCAUCUGACACUGUGCGAAACGUCUUCAGGAAAAGUCUUCUGCAGGCUCAUCAUCAACCACGCCCUCACCGAUGCGGCGUCGAAUGCCCUCCUAUUCCGCGAUUUCACUACAGCAUACGAAGGAAGGCUGACAAAAAUGAGUGCUGCUCCACUCUACCGCGACCACAUCCGUUACUUAAGCGGGCUGUCAAUCGAAGACAGCCUUAGCUACUGGAAGGGCCACCUGGCAGACGUAUCUCCGUGCCACUUCAGUGCUACUGGCGGAGAAACAAAGGACGGCGCUACGAAAGAGAUUGAUCUACAUAUCGGGUCGCUUCCAGCGCUGCGCAACUUCGCUAAGACAAAAAACCUGACGCUGAACAGUCUCUUCCAAACCGCGUGGGCAAUGGUGCUACGAAUCUUCACAGGCGCCGAGGACGUGUGCUUCGGCUUUCUGUCGUCUGGACGUGACGUUCCCGUCGAUGGAAUUGCCGAUGCUGUGGGACCCUUCAUUAACAUGAUGGUCUGCCGCAGCAACGCUGGCGCCGAGACGUCGCUGCUCGCUAUGGCUAAAGCCAUACAAGGCAGCUUCGCCGACAGCUUGCAACACCAACACUGCUCGCUGGCCAAGAUCCAGCAGGCGUUGGCCCUUGGCGGUCAACCGCUUUUCAACACAGCGAUGACUUUCAUGCCUGAUUCAGGGGCCGAGGGAGCCAGAAAGCCAGAGAUCACGUUUGAGAACAGGGGAGGACAAGAUCCCACUGAGUACGACAUCGGCGUUGGAGUACUUGCAUCCGAUAAGAAGGUUAUGGCAAAACUCAAGUACCGCGCUUCGUGCAUGUCCGCCACCCAGGCCCGCAAUGUGGGCUAUGCUUUCAGCAAGGCCUUGGAGAACUUGUUCAAAACUCCACACAGCUUGCUCGGCGAGCUGGAUCUGUUCGCUGAGGGUCAUCGCGAGCAAGUCUUGGCUUGGAAUGCUGCUGCGCCGGAGCCUGUGGAAAUGUGUGCACACGACGAAAUCAUGCAGAGAACGGCCGAGUCCCCUGACGCUACCGCUAUCUGUGCUUGGGAUGGUACUAUCACCUACAGCGAGCUUGACGAUAUCACCAACUACCUGGCACACCAUCUUGUAUCCCUCGGCGUUGGGCCCGAAGUAGUUGUGCCUCUUUGCUUCGAGAAGUCAAUCUGGGCCGUUGUCGCCAUGAUUUCAGUUGCCAAAGCCGGUGGUGCUGUACUUUUCCUCGACCCCAGCCAUCCACAGGAGCGCAGACAAUUCAUCAUUAACGAGGUAUCUGCUAGCCUCGUCAUGGCAUCAUCGCAGCAUUCAGCCCUCUUCACCUCGGAAAUUGACACGCUUACUAUCAAUGGCGAUAUGAUUCGUGACCUGCAUAUCCGCGACGGUCCGCCAAAGUCCAACGUGGAGCCAUCGAAUCUGAUGUAUGUCAUUUUUACAUCCGGAUCCACGGGCACGCCUAAAGGUUGUAUGGUGGAGCAUCGUAACUUCUGCAGCGGCGUAAUCCACCAAAGAUCGCUGUCCGUUACCAUCAAACGCGAGGACCGUGUUCUCCAGCUCGCGUCCUACAGUUUUGACGUCAGCAUCAUGGAGACAUUCACUGCCUUGAUGAACGGUGCUUGCAUCUGCAUCCCACACCAAGCCACCGUGUCCAGCUCUUUGACUUCCGUCAUCAACGACAUGGGUAUCACCUGGGCCUUUCUCACUCCUUCGCUUUCCCGAGUCAUCAAUCCCACAGAAGUCAAGGGUAUGCGCUCCAUCGUGCUGGGUGGUGAAGCGGUCUCACGCACAGAUGUCGCCAAAUGGGCCGGCGUCGUGCAAAUAAGCAAUGGCUACGGGCCGUCUGAGUGCUCUAUCGCUGCGACAUGCAACCCGAGUCUAACGCUAGACUCUGAUCCAACUAACAUUGGCGCCCCUAUGGGCGGCCUGUGCUGGGUUGUAGAUGCUGCCAAUCACGAUAGGCUAGUUCCCAUUGGCGCUGUCGGUGAGCUCCUCGUGGAGGGCCCUAUCGUUGCCCGCGGAUACGUCAAGAAUGCUGAGAAGACGAGGGCCGUUUUUACCGAAAAUCCCGCGUGGCUGAGGGGUGAAGGAUCAGGAGUUCGCAGGAUGUACAAGACGGGCGACCUUGUUCGCCAGAAUCCCGAUGGCACCAUCAACUUUGUCGGCCGCAAGGAUGACCAGGUGAAGCUGCGCGGUCAACGCAUUGAGUUGGGCGAGAUCGAACACCAUCUCCACUCAAAUCCCCAGAUCCACCAUUCCAUGGUCCUACGCCUCUCAAAUGGGCCACUGAAGAGCCGUCUGGUGGCUGUGCUGACUUUGAGGCAUGCCAGCGAAGAUAAGGAAGAGGGUGAUGGAAUUGCAUUACUCGGAAAGGAUCAGAUAUCUGCUGCAGGCGUACAGUUGGCCGAGCUGCGCGACGCGCUGGCAGAUCAUGUUCCCGAAUACAUGGUGCCGACGACUUGGAUCGUACUGCAGAGGAUGCCGCUCACAGCAUCUGGCAAAAUGAACCGUGUCGUGGUCAAGUCUUGGUUGGAUAGACUCGAUUCGGAGACUUGUACGCGAGUGAACGAGGCCAUGGUGACGGAAGAAGUGGGCAACGCGGAGCCGAAAUCGGCUAUUGAGAGUAUCAUUCAGAAGGUCUAUGGUCAAGUUCUCGGCAUGCAGCCCGAGGAGGUGCACAUGGGACUCUCGUUUCUCAGCUUGGGUGGCGACUCGAUCUCUGCUAUGCAGGUGAUCAGCCAGCUUCGCGAAGAGAGCGUCACUGUGUCUAUUCGCGAUUUACUGCGUAGCAAGACCAUUGCUGAGCUCGCCGCUUUGGCAAAGACGGAGGUGGCUGGUCCGUUGGUACCAGUCGAAACAGUCAACACGCUCUUCCCUCUGUCGCCGGCUCAGAGAAUGUUCUUUGAAAUGGCAUCAGACCCAAAGCAACAGUUUAACCAAAGCUUCACCCUCCGUCUGAAGACUUCCGUCUCGACGGUUGCUUUAGAGAAAGCCCUUCAAGCAGUGAUCCAGAGGCACUCGAUGCUGCGCUCCCGCUUCCAACGCGUCGAUGGUCACGAGUGGGCUCAGCUCAUCAGCCCGGACAUUACAGGUUCAUACGACUUUAGAGUGCAGCACGCGGCGACAAUUCAAGACUUGCUACCCAUAGCGAACGAAAUGCAGUGUAGCUUAGACAUCGAGCGCGGCCCGACCAUGGGUGUUGGUUCGUUCACUGUGGAUGGCGGUGACCAUCUCCUGUACCUUGUGGCUCACCACCUUGCCAUUGACCUGGUGUCGUGGCGCAUAAUUAUGGCCGACCUUGCCGAGCUAAUUCACGGACGUCCAGGUAGCCAGGUCCCGCCAUUCCCGUUCCAGGUGUGGAGCCAGUUGCAGGCGGACCAGGCGCGUGAGCAGCUCAGCCCAGCCAAAGUGCUGCCGUUUGAGGUACCCGCGGCAGACUACGGUUUCUGGGGGAUGGACAACCAGGCAAACACGUACAGAGACAAUUCUGAGCUCGGCUUCAAGCUGGACUCUCAUACCACGACAAUGUUGCUAGGAAGCUGCAACGCAGCUAUGGGCACCGAGCCACUCGACAUCUUCCUUGCGGCGCUGAUUCACUCCUUUGCCCAGACCUUCACAGAACGCGCACCUCCGGCCUUGUUCAGCGAAAGUCACGGCCGAGAGCCAUGGAGCGCCGACAUUGACCUGUCCAGGACUGUGGGCUGGUUCACGGCCGUCUCUCCUAUCUUCGUAGCAGGCGGCUCAGAAGUGGUGGACUUGGUCCGUCAGGUCAAGGACAUGCGCCGGAGCGUACCUGGCAAGGGCAGGCCAUACUUCGCUUCGCGCUACCUCAACUCGCAGUGCCGCGAGGCGUUCAAGAAACACUGGCCAGUUGAGGUGCUAUUCAACUACCACGGCCUCUACCAGCAGCAGGAGCGCCAAGAUUCGACAUUUGAGAUUGUGCCGCUGACGCCUGACGACUUCAGUCAGGACUUGCGCAGGCUGGCCCUCUUCGAUAUAUCGGCGACCGUUUCGCACGGCGUUGCUAAGUUCUCCAUGACGCACAGCCGCGCGAUGAAGCACCAGGACCGCAUCGCUCAGUGGAUGUUGGCCUUCAAAGACUCGCUGUCACAUGCCGUCGCCGACCUUGGCGCCAUACAUCAGGGCCAAAGGACGCUCAGUGACUUCCCGCUGCUACCGUUCGGCCGCUUCGCCAGCGUUGACGCCCUCGAGCAGGGGCUUCGCGCCAUGGGCAUCAACAGCCUCGCCGACGUCGAGGACGUCUAUCCAUGCUCGCCUAUGCAAGAAUCAAUACUCGCGGCGCAGGUUCGAUGCCGCGACUACUACCAGAUUUGCAAUGUCUUUGAGCUGGCGGGCGCCAUCAGCGUGCCACGCCUGCACCGCGCCUGGCAGGCCGUCAUCGACCGUCAUCCCAUUCUCCGCACUACCUUCCUCCCGCCAUCAUCGACAUGCUCCUCCAGUCGCUUGCAGGUCGUCCGCCGCCCCGGGGUUCAAGCCGCGCGCAUUCAGCACAUAAGUGACAUUCCCAUCAACAGCGCCGCAGAACUAGCAGUUGUAUGUCCGACCAGGAAUUCGCACCGCGACAACGACGAGGUGGGCGCAAGCCCGCACUUUCUAACCACAGGCGUUAGUGCUGAUGGGGCGCGCGUACUUGUGCGCGUUGAGAUGUCUCACGCACUGAUUGACGGCGCCAGCCUGCAAACGUUACUCCGCGAGUUCACCGCCGCAUACGAGCACCAGCAGCAAGACAACCCUUGGACCGAGCCCGCACCCAAGUUCUCGAAACACGUUGCGCGCCUCAUGGCGGCUAAGCAAGAACAGAAGGGAGAGGCCAUGCAAUACUGGCAAGACUAUGUCGACUCCAUUGCUGCCGAUCAUCAGAGCAGUGUCUCCGUAGCCAACAACACUGCUUGUCCUUCUUCUUGUUCUUCUUCUUCUUCUUCUUCUUCUUCUUCUUCCUCCUCCUCCUUCUCCUCCUCUUCUUCUUCUCCUUCUUCUUCUUCUUCUCCUCACGACCUCCUCCGCACCGUCAUUGUCCCGCACCACCUCAUGCCUUCAAUCGACGCAAUGCGCGCCUGCUGCGCCACUCACGACGUCACGCCAUCAAGCGUGUUGCGUGCCGCCUGGGCCCUUGUACUAUCGCUACGCGCCGGCGUCUGUAGUCCUCAUCCAGCAUUCGCAUACCUUGUUGCCGGACGAGAAGAAGAAGAAGACCACGGCGACAGCAUGGCCGGCGCCAUCGGCCCAUUUUUCAGCACGCUGAUCUGCGCACUGGGCGUUUCCGAAGAGAAGACAUUGAAGCACAUACUGUCUGACGCACAGUCUGAUGCCGUGGCAGGGAUGGCGGCGAGUAGCGCCGCGCCGUGGGUAAAGGGCUUGUUGGAUGCAGAGGUGCGCGUAGACGUGUCGUCGAUGAUUAAUUUCAGAAAAUAUGCGACGACGACCAGAAGCAAGGACAGAGAAGAACAAGAAGAAGAUGCAAAUACACGCUUGGGAGACAUUUCAGCAUGGCGCACGGUAGCGGUGCAUGAUCCCUUUGAGUACGAUGUUGUUGUUGAGGCGGAGGAAGAUGGCAGAGGGGCGAUGGUGGUGGAAUUGAAGUUCUGGGGCGAUAGGGUUGGAGAUGGAGAGGCGGAGGAGCUAGCGGUAAGACUUGCGAGGGUCAUGGGCAUGUUGGUUAUUAAUAGUAGGGUCACGGUUCAGGAGUUAAGGCAAGAGAUCGUUAUUUAG